GGGAGGGGGGCUCUCGACAUGGCGGCCACUGAUUGGACAUACUAACGUAAAAUUUUAUCUGGUUGGAAAGGAGAAGAAAUAGUUUCUAAUAUUUUUAUAAUUUUGCUUCAAAUGGAAUAGACUCGCAUUACCUGGCACUAUGAACAAGUCAUCUCUUCUCCUUGUACUGUGCAAGUGUAUUCCUGAAUUGGUUAUGAAAACAUUCGAAUUGGUUUUUAUGUAAACUAGAAAUUCCGAUAUAUACAGACAUCAUAAAGUAACGUUUUCAAUAUGGCCACUGACCCACUGAUGUUUGCACAGGAUGAUUUAGAAUCUGGAGGAAAGCCAUGGAUAGUGAAUGAUUUUUCAUAUAAUAAUAAUGUCAUGCAGGCUGCAGUCAAUAUCCGCAUGGGUUUUCUUCGGAAAGUCUAUGGUUUGUUAUCACUCCAGCUGUUGAUGACUGUCAUUGUGAGUGGGACCUUCAUGUUCAUCCCUGCUAUACGCAGCUAUGUACAAACCAAUGACUGGUUGUUGCAGUUUGCCUUUCUUCUGAGCAUUAUUGUACUAAUAGUACUGUAUAUCAAGAGGAAAGAUUCACCAGCAAACUUGAUUUUGCUGGCUGCAUUUACUGUGAUUCAGGCAUACUUUGUUGGAGUGAUCAUCACUUUCUGUGAUGUAGUUAUUGUGUUCCAAGCAUUGAUCCUCACAGUGACUGUUUUCCUUGGACUGACAGCAUACACAUUCCAAUCUAAACGAGACUUCUCGUCACUUGGAUCUGGGUUGUUUGCUGCUCUUUGCUGUCUGUUAGUUGGAUCCUUGUUAUCGUGCUUCAUAGCAAGCUCAGCUAUGGAGUUAGUCCUGUCCUGGGCAGGGGCUGUUAUUUUCUGUCUCUACAUCAUAUAUGAUACCCAGAUGUUGAUGCAGAAGCUGUCUCCAGAGGAAUACAUCUUUGCCACCGUCAGCCUGUACUUGGAUCUUAUUAAUCUGUUCAUUGAGAUUCUCAAGAUCCUUGAGACUUUUAGAAAACAUUAGAUUUUUCCUUGUUCUGAAUCCUGAGAAGGGUUACAAAUAUUUUUGAAAGUAUUUUCUUACUUGUAGCAGACAUACAAGUUUAUGAAAUAUAAUAACACGUUGGUACAUUUGUUCAAUGAGCUGCAUAAAUCAUAGUUCACAGUCUUCCAACAGCAAUAUAUAAAUUGUAAAUUGCUCUUACAUAUAUAUGCUUAUAUAUUUUGCAAAAUUGUGUGAUAAUAGUUAUGUUUAUUUCAUUUAAAUUAUAUGAUUUUCAUAAUUCUAAAGUAUUUGAUCAGAAGCUGAAAUGAAAGAGUUUGUUGACAAAAGUCUGUAUAUAUGUACGAGGGCUAUCUGGAAAGUAAACUCCAGUAAACUGUUAACAAAACAACCAACCAGAAAAGAAAAGUAUUAUAUAUAAAAAA